GCGCGUCUGGUGUGGAAGUCCAACACCUCUUCUUACUGCUCACACACCCACGUUUUGCUUGACGAGAAGUCCACAUCUGCGCCAGAAGCGGCCAGUGGCGUCCAGCCUCCGCCUCAUCGCCGGAGUCGGCCCCAAAACCUGCACUGUCGCACCGCCCUCGACUUCACACGGCGGCGUCCGGUGCGGCAGAGUCGACCCAGGCGGCACGAGGUCGAGCCAGCUCACCCUCCCCGCCGGGACGGCCGUGUUCGCUGUUCCCUCCUGAGCCUCCGCAGCGUGACGCCAGGCUGAGGUCAAGAACUCGUGACCCAGCUCCAGCCGGGGAAGUGUGACCCAACUAAGGCCAAGGACGUGUGUGCGACCCAGCUUACGUCCAGGAACGUGGCGCCGACAUGCUCCGCUGAACCGUCGGCCGAGUAAGCGUGUCGGUUCAUCCCUGACCCCAGGUCACGUGACUCUUUUCACAAUGGUGCUGCAGACCAUGCUCUACGGUGGCUCGCAGCAGCGCAGAGGAAGCCUGAUCCAGACGCUUCAAAGAUGUGAGCCGGCGGGCGUGACCUCAGCCGGGUCAGAGGCCGUCGCCAUGGAGACGACCCCGGCCAACAACAACAACCUGGCCAAUCAGGAGGAGCUGAAGCUGCUGGCGCGACUGGAGGCGGCCAACAGGAUGAUCGAGACGGACGCCAAGAGUCUGAACUCGCUGUCGAACGCCUCCGGACACAGCCGGAAGUCGUCCGACACCUCUCAGAUCUCGGUGACCUCGGGCACCAGCUCGGGUCAGGGUCAGGACAGCACCGCCGAGCCCGAGGAGGACGCCUGGGUGGUCUGGGGACGCAUCGUCAACGAGUGGGAUCUGCACUGGAAGAAGAAGCAGCAGCAGGUCAAGGACCUGGUGCGGCGCGGCAUCCCCCACCACUUCCGCGGGAUCGUCUGGCAGCUUCUCUGCGGCGCCCACAACAGCCCCGUCAAGGCCAAGUAUGCCGAGCACAUCAAGGCGACGUCGGCCUGUGAAAAGUCUAUCCGGCGGGACAUCGCCAGGACGUACCCGGAGCAUGACUUCUUCAAGGAGAAGAACGGCAUGGGCCAGGAGAGCUUGUUCAACGUGAUGAAGGCGUAUUCGCUGCACGACCGGGAGGUCGGGUACUGCCAGGGCACCGCCUUCAUCGUCGGUCUGCUGCUGAUGCAGAUGCCGGAGGAGGAGUCCUUCGCCGUGCUGGUGAAGCUGAUGGAGGAUUACCGCAUGCGGGAGAUGUUCAAGCCGUCGAUGGCCGAGCUGGGCGUCUGCAUCUACCAGCUGGAAGUCCUGGUCCAGGAGCAGCUGCCGGAGCUGCACGGUCACUUCCAGUCGCAGUCGUUCCACACGUCCAUGUACGCCAGCUCGUGGUUCCUGACGCUGUUCACCACGGCGCUGCCGCUGCCGCUGGCCAGCCGCGUCAUGGACUGGUUCCUCUCGGACGGCAUGGAGGUCAUCUUCCGACUGGCCGUCGCCAUCCUGAUCGUCGGCAAGGCCGACAUCCUCAGCCAGGACAUGGAGGGCAUGUUGAAGUACUUCCAGAAAGAGAUGCCAGUGAAGUUCGAGGCGGACCCGGAGAACCACUUCACGCUGGCACAGAACGUCAAGUACAACGCCAAGCGGAUGAAGAAGCUGGAGAAGGAGUACACUGUGAUGAAAACCAAAGAGCACGAGGAACAAGUAGAGUUAAGGCGACUGCGGACGGAGAACCGGCUGCUGCGCCAGCAAGUGGAAUACCUGGAGGCCGAGUCGGUGGCGCUGGCCGAUCGUCUCAUCCAGGGCCAGGUGUGCCGCGCCGAGGAGGCUGAGCACAGCUACGUCAUCAAGCGCGAGCUCGAGUCGGUGCGCCAGCACAGCGGCGAGACGGCCCAGCAGCUGGAGGAGGCGCGGGCCCGCAUCCACAAGCUCUCCGAGCAGAUGAACGAGUCGAGCUCCAACGAGGACUCGCUGCAGGAGCUAUCGCUCAAGACGGAGCUGCUGCAGCAGAAGGAGGAGCUGAUGCGAUGUCUGCAGGACGAGCUGGUUAAGGUGCGGCUGGAGCACGCCGAGAACGAGGCCACCAUCCGCGAGCUGAGCGCCCGCUGCGACCAGCAGGACAAGGAGCUGCGGCAGCUCAAGGACCAGCCGCCGGAGGACCCGGUGGCAGCCCUGCAGGAGGAGCUGGCUGCCGCCAAGCAGCGCGAGGCGGACGCCGUGCUGGCGCUCAAGGAGCUCCAGCAGACGGUGGCAGAUCUCAACGUCAUGUGGAAGCGGCACCUGGAGGAGAAGGAGAAGCUGAAGAUGUCGGUGGAGGCGGGUGGCGCCGGCGGCCCGGACACGCCGACGAUGCGGACGCCGACGGCGGCGCGCAAGCUGCUCUUCUGGAGCACCAGCAGCGAGGACACGUCCCGUCUGCAGGACGAGCUGAUGACGUCACGACUGAAGGAGAUCGAGGCCGUGGCCGAGAUGAAGCAGAUGGUCAACAAGAUGAUGGAAAUGGAGACGCAGGUUCAGGUGACCACCAAUCAGCUGCGGCGACAGAGUGAGGAGCACAAGAAGACUCUGGAGAAGGUAGAGUUCCUGGAGACUGAAAACAGACGUCAGGCAGACGAGAUCAAAGACAGUCAGAGGAAGUUCUCCGAUCUCCAGACCAAGAUGAAGGAGGAGCUGAUGCUGGCCCGGAUCCGGGACGCCGAACACACCCAGUGCAUGGCCGAGCUCACACACAAGCUGUGUAGCUUGGAGCUCAAGAACCACGAGCUGCUGGCGGAGGGCGAGCUGAAUGGCGUCGGCGAGAGUGACCGCGUCAAGGAGCUCUCCGACAAGGUCGCCGACCUCAAGGCCGAGAUCCUGCUGCUGAAGCACUCCAACCGGUCGCUGAACAACCAGGUGCAGAUCCAUCAGAUCCUGUCGCCGCGUGUCAGCGUCGGAUCUGCGUCCGAGGAGGAGGAUCUGCGCCUCAAGCUGGACGACGAGCGGCCCGGCUCGGCCCAGCUGGCCGCCGCCAGCUAGCAUGAGGCCCAAGGCGGCGGCGCGCACCAGUCACCCUGGCGGCGGAUGGGCAUACUGUCUUGGUAGACGGUGCUCCCAUCUGCCGGUGCGCGUCGCCGCCUUCGGCUAGCCGACGGCCGAGAGGUGGCGGGCUUGGGAUCGGACGACCGACCGGCGAUAUGUCCUGGCCCGGCGCAGGAACUCAACGAACGGAAAGCGGCAGACGCGUGGAGUGGGCGGGAAGAAUCUCAUUUUGCACGCUGUUUGGACCGAACUGAAGGCUGCUCGCCGCGCGCUGCUGGCGUAUGUGUUCGGUGUUCACCGCUAGGAGCAGUGCCGGCGCCACCGGCGCCUGCGCACCUCAAUGUUCCCUCCCGACAGCUGCCGAUGCCCCGGGGCGCGCGAGCCGCCCGGCGUCUGAGCGUGGGAAGAUGUUAAUGAUAGAUGAUCUGUGAUACGCCGUACGUUACUGGUUGUCGUUGCAAGGCACUGGGGUACGGGGACGGCGUGUGCUUUAACGUGAUACAGUGUGCGUGGUGUUCAUGAGUUGGUCUGGACUUCGGCCGGUUGCCGUGGCAACCGUGGAUUGUGAUCAGAAAUUUGCAUUCCGAAUGUUUUCCCUCGGUGUGAGCAAUGAAUAACCGUUUGCAAUGGCGGUGCUGGAUGUAAUUUAUUGCUGCCUCCGUGGCGCUUUUCGCCAGAGUCCUAUUUAUUUCCUGCCGAUGUUUUCGAGCCCGAAACCAGCGUUUACAUUUUCGUAAUGUUCUUGUAACUAUAGCUGCUAGAAGCCUAAUCGUGAGUUGUUGAUAGUGACGGUACAUCAGUACCGUCUGCACCGUGUCGCCGAACACCGUUAACACCGACCGUGGCCGAGCGAUGCCGCCUCGAAGUGCCGGCACUCGCAACGACGGGGGACACUCGCCGGGCACUCGGCGGAGUGGGGGCACUCAGCACUCGGGAGCACGCGCCGUCGUCAGCUGAACUGACGAGAGCACGCUCCGCCAGUGCUGGUGACGGGCUGGUUCCCGCAGAGAGCACUCGUUAUAGUUGGUGCUGAAAUCAGUCAAUAAAUGGUUUACACUCA